AUGCACUUUGCCAAGUCGAUAAUUGGUUUUGCAGCAGUUUUCGGGCUGCCGAGCGCGUUCGGCUACCAGGAAUUGAAGAUUUGUCAAAAUCUCGUACGGAACGAUGUCAUGUAUCCCGAUGCGUAUUGCGGAACGAGCCUUUCCCCCAAGCCAGGUGAAAAAGUAUGGGCAUUCAGAAUACCCCAAAGGAAUAGUUACUGGGGCCCUGAAUACUGCACCGACACACAAACGCGCUGGUGUUGCAAGAUCGAUGCAACUCUCCUUGCGCAUUAUCAAGAAGGAGUCAACACCAAAGACUCAGAGGUCACAUCGAAAUGCAUCCAGCCAUAA